ACUUAGCUUGAUCCUCGUUUGCCCUUCUUGGUGGUGUUAUUUGUUGUUUAAGUUUUGGCUUUCACCAUCAUAAGUGUUUGGUUUGUAUGAUAGACAGACAGCAUGAGAGGCAAGAUUAGAAAAGUGAAUGCCAGCUAGAGCAAGAAGAAGAUAAUGGUACGGUACCACAGUCCACAGCCUACGGGAGAAACAGUACAAUUUCUAUAGAAGGUAGAGGGGACUCAGGAGACCCCCACCCGUACAAAUCCAACCUCCGUGAUGUCCAACACUAUAGAUGUCUCACAGUCUUUCGCUGGCCCUCGUGAACAUCAGAGGUUUAUAAAUUUGGGGAUUUUGCGAUUGUCAAAAAUUCUGCUUGACAAUCAAAAAAGUGCAACAUUCCUCAACCCAGGACUCGACAAAGUGUGUGAUUUCGCGAUGGGUCCUCGCUGACAAGGAUUACCUGCAGGAUUACGCAUUUUGGAAAUACUAUUAUCAGGUCUGCGAUCAUCGAUUGUCUGCUAAAGUUCGGCACACCUUCUGGAAACAUUUCAGAGCAAACUGAGGAGAUGCAGAAUGGAAAAGGCAUUUUCAGCUUUACUAUGUCUUUUCUUGGCAGUAGUCAUUGGAGGGGCUUAUGGAAAUCAGCCUCCUCUCUUUACUCAUGACAUGGACAACACGAUCCUCUUUGAAAAUGAAUCAGUUGGGAAAGUCGUUGCUACUUUGCAGGGCGAGGAUCCUGAAGGGGCUGAAGUACGAUAUGGAAUAUCUGGAACUGACAAGUUCCAAGUUGACUCCAAAACUGGUGAAGUCACCUUGGUCAAACCAUUAGAUUAUGAAGUAAAUGAUACGCUUAGAUUCUUUGUAACUUUGGAGGAUGAUGUUAAUAAUUUAGUUAAAAUACAAGUCUCUGUUAUCAUUCUUGAUGUCAAUGAUAACCCACCAAGUUUUAAAAAUACUCCAUAUGAAGUACUAGUCACUGAAGAUACACUUGUAGAGAGCACGCUGUUCGAUGGAUUAUUGGUCGAAGAUUCAGAUUUAACAGGGGAAGUGCUUAAUGUCUACUGUAAAGAUUAUGAACAAUUUCCAAACGCAUGUGAAAAAUUUGAUAUUGUCACAUAUACAUCAAGUCAGCAGAACUACAGUGGCGGGAUUGUCCUUAAGGACAAGUUAAAUUACGCUGACAGACAAUUCUACCAACUCCUGCUAAUUGCCACUGAUGGAAAUCAUAAUGCAACAACAGGGCUUGAAAUUAAAGUUGAAGAUGUUCAAGACACCCCACCAGUAUUCCAAGGAUCACUUACAGGUGUCAUCAAAGAGGAUGACCCUAUUGGAACCUUAGUCAUGACCGUUCAAGCGAAAGACGGUGAUAGAGGAGUCCCGAGGAAAAUUGUUUAUGAACUGCUAACAAAUCCGCUGGAUUACUUCUUACUUGACCGAGACACUGGUGAAUUAAAAACAGCCAAACCUUUAGAUCGAGAAGCUCUACAGGAAACAACCGGAAUUCUUAAAUUAGAAAUCUUGGCGAGAGAAGUGGUAAAUGGUAUACCAGGAAAUGAUCCUCUCACUACAUCUAAAACCAUGGCAUCUGUAACAAUUAAAGAUGUAAACGACGAACCCCCGAGGUUUAACCAAAAGGAGUACAUGGUGCAAAUCCCAGAAAAUAUACCAUUAGGGACGCCACUGCCUAAUUUUAAUAUGACUGUCACUGAUUCUGAUAUUGGGCCACAUUCCAAGUUUGCCCUUCGGCUUUCUGAUGUAUCAGGAGCCUUUGCAGUCGAACCCAGUACAGGUUCUGGUUUUACAGCCGUCAGCAUCAGGAUUGUAAAUGGGCCUCUAGAUUAUGAAAAUCCAAAUAACCGAAAAUUUAUAAUACUUGUAAUUGCUGAAGAAACUGAAACAACAAAUAAAUUAUCUUCAACUGCGACAGUUACAAUUGAAGUAACUGAUGCAAAUGAUAAUCAUCCUCAAUUCGACCAUGAAUCUUAUAAUGCUAUGGUUGAUGAAACUGCUUUUGCCGGUGAUCCAGUUACAACAAUAACUGCAAGUGACGGUGAUUCUGGUCUCUAUGGGACUAGAGGAAUCGUCUAUCAACUGAUUGGGCAAGGAGCGGAAAAGUUUAAUGUGAAUAAGAAAACAGGACAAAUAACAGUUGCACCUUGUGAACUUCCUGGCUCCCCUCGCUGCUUGGAUUUUGAAACCAAUCCAGUAUAUUUUUUGAAUUACAAAGCUACUGAUGAUGAAGGAAGGGGGCUAAGCAGAGUAGUCUCACUCAAAAUAACAUUAAAUGACAACAACGACAAUCCUCCGGUGUUUGUUUCAAACCAAUACAAAGCUAUUAUUGAUGAAGGCUUUGCAAAAUUUGAACCACCUUUAAUAGUCCAAGCAAAGGAUAUUGAUAAAACAUCAGAAAUUGAAUACUCAAUUACUGAUGGGAAUGUCAACAACUUGUUCACAAUUGACUCAAAAACUGGGGAGAUACUUGUAAGGGACAAACGCGGUCUCGAUAUGACAAAUGUUACGACUGAUAUGAUCCAUCUCACUGUCAGAGCAUUCGAUGGCGUUUUCAACGACACCACCUCAGUUGAUAUCACCGUUCUUGAUGUCAACAAUAAUAAUCCUGUAUUCGAGCAGGCUGAAUACAACAUUAACGUACUUGAAGAUACACCAAUAGGUUCUAGCGUGGCCAAAGUUGUUGCUCAUGAUGCUGAUACAGGGAUCAACGCAGAAGUUUUAUACCGAAUUGAAAAGGGCGCUUUUGAUGAUUUUGGAAUAGACAAUAAAACAGGCGUGAUUGGUGUGACGUCCAAGUUAGAUUUUGACAGAAUGAAUUCAUACUCAAUUCACAUAAUUGCAAUAGAUGGAGGAACUCCAGCUUUAACAGGAACUACUACAUUGAACAUCAAACUUGGAAAUACAAAUGAUAAAAUCCCAUUUUUUGAUCCUUCGACGCAAAGAGCAGAGAUCAAAGAAGAUGCUGAAGUUGGGGAGGUGGUUUACAGGCUAGUAGCCAAAGAUUUAGAUGUCAAUUCGCUAAAUGCUUUAAAUUUUGCUGCCAGUGAACCAAUAACAGCUAUCGACAAAAAUGGAAAAGAAGUUACUGAUGACACAACUUUUAAAGAAUUUUUCAAUGUAAACCAAGAAAAUGGUGUUGUAACUGUUGCAAGGCCGCUGCAGCGGGAGAUUGCUGCAAUUGUAAGUAUUACAGUACUGGUUACUGACAUUACAGCACCUACUACUCAACAAGGAACAGGAACUCUAAUAAUCACUAUUAUCGAUGUCAAUGAUUUCGCUCCAACUUUCCUCAAACCUUGGACCAUUUCAAAUCCAAAUUAUAAUGUUGAACUUCUUGAAGAACAACCUCCGAACACUAUCGUCGGAACAUUUACUGCAAUUGAUCAAGAUUCUAACAGCAUUACGUACGCUAUCGUCCCUGAAAGCGAAUAUUUUGAAAUUAACAACAUCACUGGAGUAGUCAAGACAAAAGUCCGAUUGGAUUAUGAGAAAACGCCUUAUUUAAAAUUUAAAAUUGUGGCUUACGAUUCUGGGAUCCCACAGUUGUCUUCCACAGCGCACAUAUCUGUCAACAUUGUUAACAUCAAUGAUAUGGAUCCGGUUUUUGAUCAAAAUGAAUACACAUUCUCAGUUCCGGAAAAUGCAAGGGCCUAUACUGUUGUUGGAAAAGUGUCAGCAACGGACAUGGAUAUGGGCCAUGCCGGGAAACUGACGUACAGCCUUUCACAGCCCAAUUUGAAUUUUGGCAUUGACUCGGAAACGGGAGAGAUAUCUGUUUUGCCAGGUGCGAAUCUAGACAGGGAAAUUCAUGAGGAGUACACCGUUAAAGUUAUCGCCGUUGACGGAGCUCCAGGCGAUGAAGCAAGAUCAACCAUAGUACCUGUACAUAUAAAAGUCACUGAUGUAAAUGACAAUACGCCUCAGUUUUCUCAACAUGAACUCUCUGCAAAUAUUGCCGAGACCAUUCCGAUUUCACCUCCUGCUCCUAUUGUACAACUGAAAGCUACUGAUAAAGAUGAAUCACCAAAUUUAACAUAUUCAAUUGUAUCAGGAAACAUUGGAGAUGUAUUCAUGCUUGAUCCGAUAAAUGGCACCUUAUAUCCAAGGUUGUCACUUCAAGGACGUCGUUCUAAUUACUCACUAGUGGUCGCUGUGUCAGAUGGGGAGUUUGUAAGCAAUGCUGUCAUUAAUAUUAAUGUCCGAGCAAUAAAUAUGAACCAGCCUUCAUUCGUCGAACCUUCAAAUCGAAAUUCAACUGUUUACAUUAAAGAAAACAAUAGUGAUGCCGGAAAUUUGGUGACAACUGUAAAAGCAGUUGAUGGAGACUCUGGAGAAAAUGGCCGUGUCACGUAUCAUUUUAAAAUGCACAAUGAAAAUGUACAAGAGACAGAGUAUUUCACAAUUGAUGAGAAUACAGGUGAAAUCAGGUCAAAACAACCCCUUGAUAGAGAAAUGAAAUCUAUAUAUCAGCUGGUUCUUGUCGCUCAAGACCAUGGAUCUCCAAAUUGGUUUGAAGCUCUACGCACCUUAACAAUUAUUGUUCUCGAUAGUGAUGACAAUGCACCUAUAUUUCCAAAUAAAGAUCCUAUUAUGUUUUAUAUUAAAGAAAACUCUCCUCCACUCACCAGGAUAGGUCGGGUGGAAGCUGUGGAUAAAGAUGAAGGAGACAAUGCAAGGAUCUAUUAUUACUUGGUUGGUGAUACAAGCUCCCUCUUUUUAGUUGACAAGACUGAUGGUUCGAUUUCAACAAAUUCAACAUUGGACAGGGAAGAAAAAGAAUUUUAUGACUUAUUUAUUAAAGCUACAAAUGAUCCUGAUUAUUAUUUGGCUAAGGAUAACAUUGACCUCAAAGAUUUAAAACCAAGCGAAUCACUUGCUCAUGUUAAAGUCAUAGUGACAGAUGAAAAUGAUAAUGCGCCUGAGUUUAAAACAUCUCAAUAUUACGCUGGUGUAUCGGUGAAUGCACGGACUGGUGAAUUUGUUGCCCAGCUCUCUGCUACUGAUAAAGAUGCUGAGCUCAAUGGAUCUCUGUCGUAUUCCAUCCUGACUUCCCACCUUUAUCGGGCUGGAGCAAAUAUUUCAUCAGGCUCUGUUGUUCCGCAACCUUUCACUAUCAGUGACACUGGAAAACUAACAACUGCCACUUUAGUUGCUGAGUACAAUCAGGAACGAUUCAAAUUGGAAGUUGUCGCUAAAGAAAAAGCACCUCCAUAUCGAGAGGCUAAAGCCUAUGUUAAUGUAUGGAUUUACGAACAGCAACAACUUAUCCGUGUUAUUAUAUCUCGACCGCCUGAAGAAGUACACAGAGAAAAGAAUCAAAUAAUAAUGGAAUUGAGCAAUGCGACAAAAGCACUGGUUGUCAUUGAUGAUAUCAAAUAUCAUGUUGAUGAAUCUGGUCGCAUUCAGCAAGACUGGUGUGACAUGUACUUGCAUGUUGUUGAUAAAAAGACCCUAACUAUUUCAACAAUACCAGACAUACUUAAGAUUUUUGACACCGAGUAUGAAUUUUUAAAAGACCAUUAUGCUGGAUUUGCCAUAGAAAAUGUAGUGCCUGCAUACGUUGGAAUUAAAGAAGCGUCCUUUGAACCUGCGCUAGCUGCUUUAAUUGCUCUUUUAAUUGUAUUAUUUGUUGGUUGUAUUUCGGUGAUAGUGGUCUGUUGCUGUUUCCGACAUUGGAUCGUAUCUGAACCAGUUGAUAUGAAACAGUCAGACAUGCUCAUUAAAAAGACUGUUAUCGAUGACCUGAACACAACAGAAAACCCACUUUGGAUUGAACAGAAACUGAAACUUUACGAAGAGCAAGAAUUGACAAUGCAGGUCUUCUGUGAACCUGAGAACAAUCAAAUUCCUAUACAAGCAACAAUGGAGAGAAGAGACUCAGUCGAUCUAUCUGUUGUUGAUAAUACGUAUGCUACAAUUCAACAUCCAAACCGAAGAAGCUCGCUCAACACUAUGCUCUCACUUGGAGCUGGAGACUACGCCACAUUAGGCGGAUCAGUUUUGCCUCUGGACAACGUCAGUUCUCACAGCCAACAGAUGUAUGAAGCUGCUCUUGGCUUUCAAGGGUCUACAUUCCAAGUACCAGAGAAUGCAGAUGUCUUCCGGACAAGGUCUGAAUUGAGGAUGAACAAGGACGGCCAACCUGAAUUUGUUUCUGAACUUAUAUAGGGUUUGAAGUAAUUAUUUCUUUUUCGACAUGUAGCCAUAUUAGUUAAUGUACAUAACAGCAACAACGAACUGAUGAUUGAAGUGAUAAAUAAUAAUUUAUCAGUGCCAAAAAAAAACCCAUAAAAGUGGAAAUUGACUUUUGAGUGUACAUACUUAUUUUUUAAACCUGGCGAAUUUGUCGCAUGAUUCUUUAAUAUGAACAAAAAAAAAUGACUGUUGAAAAAUAAAUAUAUUAAUAGUAUUUGCUGUGAUUAACAUAAAUUAGAUUUUAGGUUGACUUUUGUACAUUGUAUCCUAAAAAUUUAAGGUAAUUUUUAAUUGUGUGCAAAACAAGCAAAUAAUCAAUUAAAAUAUGAAUUUUUCUAUUUUGUGUAA